AAAUUGUUUACAACAUUCCGGUUAUUAUUAAUUAAAAUGGACACAAUUUUAUAGUUUUAACAUGUGCAAAACACACAGUCUAAAAAUAUCACUCGUCCUGUAAACGUUUUAGUAUAAAAAUUUUUAUAAUGGUUGAUAAUUAUACGAUGUGAUUAAAACGGUAAAAAAUUAACAAUGGUACAAAAUAUGAGAUCUCAAAAGUAUGUAUCUAUAUCAGUGGCAGCUUUUUUCUGUUACUGUAAUACUUUAUGGGGUUCAUUUGUAUUUGAUGAUUCUGAAGCAAUUGUUAAGAACAAGGAUGUUAUGCCAUUCACCCCAAUCGAAAAUAUUUUUAAAAAUGAUUUUUGGGGUGGUGACAUAUCAUUAAAUAGUAGUCAUAAAUCUUACAGACCUUUAACAAUUCUCUCGUACAGAUUGAAUGUUAUAUACUCAAACAACAGACUUGAUGCAUUCCAAUUUCAUGCAACCAAUGUGAUUUUAUAUGGUUUACUUUGUAUUAUAAGCAUUCCAGUGUUUGAAUUAUUCCUUAAGAAAAGAAAGUCUGAUUUAGAUAUCCGGGAUGAGGCUUACUGGUCUAGUCUUUUAUUUACAGUACAUCCAGUGCACACUGAGGCUGUGGCUAGCUUAGUUGGUCGUGCUGAUAUUUUAUCUUCAGUAUUAUUUUUUGCUAUUUUGUUACUUUAUUCUAAGAUUAUAUCCAGGAAAAAUUCUUGGAAGAUGUUUGUGGUUCUCAUUUUUCUUCUAUCUUGUGCAGUGUUGUGUAAAGAAACUGCAAUUACAGUUGUGGGAAUAUGUCCUCUCUAUGACAUAUUUUAUUUAAAAAAGAGGAAGAAACCGUGGUCGAAAAUGCUCAGUUCGCAAUUUCUAAUAAGAAAUGGCAUUCUAAUUAUUAGUAGUCUUGUUAUCAUGUUUUUUAGAUUGAAAAUUAUGAAUUUUGAGGGUCCCCUUUUUACAAAUAUCGAUAAUCCAGCAGCCUAUAGUGAUAGUCUUUUGACAAGGAUUCUUACCUACAAUUAUAUUUAUUUUAUUAACUUUUUAUUAUUGUUAUGGCCACAAUGGUUGUGUUUUGACUGGUCUAUGGGAUGUGUCCCAUUAGUUGAAUCUAUUACUGACAAUAGAGUAGUUUUUAUAAUUAUGUCCUGGAUUUUGGGGAUUUAUUUUGUAUACACGCUUCUUCGAAAAAUGUUACUCAAGGAUGUGGUUGACAUAAGAAUUAUGGCAAUAAGUUUAAUAAUAAUGCCUUUUAUACCAGCCUCAAACCUAUUUUUUACAGUAGGUUUUGUAAUUGCGGAGCGCACCUUACUUCUUCCAAGUGCUGGAUUUUGUUUGCUGAUUAUUUUAGGCUUAAAGAAAAUUGAAAAAUGGACCAGUAGAGAGGUUGCUACUGGAAUACUCUACAGCUUACUGAUUUUAUUUGGCUUGAGAACAAUUUUAAGAAACGCUAAUUGGAUAAGUGAAGAGAGGCUGUUCAGUUCUGGAUUGGAUGUGUGCCCUUUGAAUGCUAAAGUUCAUUAUAACGUAGCAAAAAUCGCUGCAGAUAGAGAAAAUAGAGGUCUGGCUAUUUAUGAAUACAGAAAGGCCAUACAACUGAAUCCUAAUUAUGAACAAGCCAUGAACAAUUUGGCCAAUCUCUUAAGGGAAGACCGCAAUUAUGAGGAAGCAGAACAACUGUUAAGACAGGCUGUUAAAGUUAGACCUAAUUUCGCUGCGGCCUGGAUGAACCUUGGCAUUGUCUUAACAAAUUUAAAUCAAACAGAAGAAGCGGAACAUUGUUAUAAAAUGGCCAUCAUGCACAGAAAUAAAUACCCUGACUGUUACUACAACCUUGGUAAUCUAUACUUAGAUAUGCAUAAACACGAGGAAGCUUUGAAAUCAUGGGAAAUGGCAGCUUUUUAUAAACCCACCCACGUUGCCGCAUGGAGCAACACACUAGUACUUCUGGACACAAUGGAACGAUACGACGAAGUUUUGGAAAUGGGAAGAACAGCUCUAAUGCACAAUCCCAAGGCGCCUACAUUGCACUUCAGCAUAGCCAACACUCUGGGCAAACUUCAAGACUUUAACAAAGCCGAGGGUCACUUUUUGGAAGCCAUCAACUUCAGUCCCACUAAUGCACUGUACCAUUCCAAUUUGGGUGUCUUGUAUCACAGAUGGGGCAAAAUCGACAAAGCCAGAGAAAUGUACAGGAAGGCGAUGCAAUUAGAUCCACAAAUGAAGUCGCCCGAAUUUAAUUUGAGAAAAUUGGCCCAUGUAAAAUAAACUGGAAUAUUGGGAACAAUCUGGAGGAAUUUAUUUUAUAUUUGAGCCGUUUAAGGCAGUUUGUAUGGAAUAUGGAAACAUCUUGGUCUUUAACUUGAGACUCUUAAAGAAACUUAAGUGAUUAAUGUAGUAUAAUAGUGUAAAGGCAUAAGUUGGUUGUAAAUGUAUUGAAAUGAAGAAUUGUCGUUGGAACAAAUUCACUUGUUCUUAUAAUAGAUAACUUUGUGUCGCCACAUUAAAUUAAAUUAUAGUAACGUUAAGUAUAUGCUGAUUAAUCUCGAAAUUUGUUACUUUUAUAUUAUACAAAUAUUUAGUAAUUUCAAAUGUAGAAAGUACUUUUCUAUUCAAAAAAGUGUCAUAUAAUGAAUCAAAACCUUUAUAAAAUGGGACUUUUCUAUGACUAAUGCAAAACACCUGAAGUACAAAGAUUUUUUAACCAUUCGCAGUUAUAUCUUUGUGGUUCAUUAUAAUGAAAUUAAGAAAUAUGUUACUAAUUAACAAAAUUAUCAUUUUGACUGUCCAACGUUAUUUCACUGGCUAAUAUUAUUCUUUGUAAGGGAGCAUAUUUACAUAAUCACUAUAAUAGAGGAUAAUAUAUGUAACUAUUGUUGUGGACGAUAGUUAUUAAAUAGCAAUAUUUACCGUAAAUGUGUGUAAUAAAUAUUAAACUGGCCGUCCAAGGAUUUAAUAUUUUUUAUUAAAUAAUAUUGAUCCUUGUGAAAGGACUAGAUUUUAAUACUUAACUGAGCUGGAUAAAAUGUAAUUGGAAUUUUUAUUACAUAUGAUUUUUAGUUAACAACCCAAAACUUUGGCUAAUUAUUAUUGGACAUGGUUACAUCACACACGAAUUAUAAACAUGUUCAUGAAUGGUAGACAAAGUUUUGAAAUUAUUGCACUUACGCACUAUAUGUCAUUGGUGGUUUUUGUUAUUAAAUAAAACUUCCGUUGAAAUUUAUGUGAUUCUAUUAUACAAAUAUAUUUAUUGACAUUUUA